AUGGCAAGAUCUCAGUUGCCCGCCAACGUUUGGAUGAACGUGCUCGAUUUCGCAGGCGCACAGCACACCAUGAUCGUGACGGAGGACCCGGACCUACCCCAGGACCCGGAAGACUGGCCCAGAGCCCUCGGAAUAUGCAAGGAACUGCAAGAGUCGAAUAUCGUCGAGGACUGCAUUUCAAAAGUGCUGAUCUGCGAAGAUUGCGGAAUCCAACACAGGAUCGUCGUCCUGACAGCCAACAGGUGGAACUUGACCAGCUCGCGAGCUUUGAUGGCAGUCAACCGCAGCACAGCUAGCAGCUUUCAUCACCAAGUCGCGCCCAACAGCAGCAACGCGCACCCCAACCCCAGCUGCUGGAUCAAGAUACACCGCGUCGGUCAGGAUUACGUGCAGCUCGAGAUGCCGGUCCAGAAGUUUCACACGCUGAAGUGGUCGUGGAUUCUUCCAGGAACCAUUCCCUGCACCUCGCCUCCUCCAAGCAUCCGAUUCGUUUCGCUCUUGAAGGACUACACCAUAGCCAAACAAAUUCGGCAUCACAAGGAACUGCAGGCAAACGCUGACUACCGCGCGAAAAAGAAGGCUGCGCUUGUGCAGAGAUUGCAUUAUCACAUCAGUUUACCCAUGGGCAAUGUUGUCACGGCAUUUGAGCGCAUCUUUACCAGUCACAACAUCCCAAAGCAGAGGGCUCGAGAAGUCCCAUCUGAGACAAGCCUGCGGCCGACAAUACUGCGCGGCACGCCGAGACCCGAAUGCGGGGAACCUACAGGCUACGAGAUCACAUCACAAGCAGCGUCAGUCCCGAUCGAGUUCAACGCCGGUCUAGAAGCCCUGCGAGAGACCACGGUCCGGCAGCAGUUCCCUCCGCGACAGAAGUACGGGAACUCCAACAGCAAGUCCGCUCCCAUGUCGACCAUCGACUACUCCAAGUGGGAGAAACUCCAGGAAGGCAGUGACGAAGAGGUGUUUCAGAAACCGCUACCUCCGAGCUCACCACGACAGCCCAUCAAAGUCGGACCGUUCGCAGUGGCCAGCCCUCGCCUUCCAGACGAUCCUGCAGCACGCCGCGAAGUUCUUCGUGAACAAAAAGAGCUUCGCGAUUUCGUGCGGUUGCAUCCCUGUCCCGCAGAAGCAGACCUCCACGCAUGGCUUCGCAGGAUGCAUGAGCACUCCAAGAAGCCACAAGUGAAACAUGACACAUUUGCCUGGGUCAUGCGAAACAUGGAAUGGGACUCGCAACACCUUGCAUGGUUCCACUACCCCUCCUUUCGCGUUCUGUGGGAGUCCGCCACUUUGGCACCGAGCACUGCCUUCGCCGGCCAACGCAGCGCUGGCAUUACGUUGUACGAGCGCGGGGGCAAACCCUGCAUGCAGUUCAACUUCUACGCCCUGCAUCACGCCAUGGCCGGUGAGGACUUUCACGCGAACGCACCCUUCCCAGUCUACACCUUCGCAGGCGACAUUGAAAAGGACUACUUUCGCGAGCUGCUCAACGCGGCCAACGUCGAGGCCGCCGAGAAUUCCCACGACAAGUUCGUCGCCUGGUUCACCAGCCGGUCUGACAUGCCUUUUGGACCGACUCCUGCGACCAACUGCAUCAUCGACGCUUUGAAGAAAGCUCCACAGCAGCAUGACGGAGCCGGUAAGGUCACGGUGCCAGCGGUCAACGACGGCCAGGACAACUCCGCACAAGCGGCAACCGCUACAUCCACAAAGGAUGUGUUGGAUGCCGACCUAGAGCUGAUGGAGAAGCUCCUGUCAGAGACAUCGACGGAUGCAAAGGCUGCUGUCGACGAAGAGCAUCCAGAACCGGGAGAACGGAACACGACGCAGCCGUGCAUGCCACGUCCAGGAGAACGAAUCAUGGUCCUCCAAGAACCAUGGCUGCUGCUCAUCCUCAACAAGCUGAAAACAAUGGAAAUUCGACGCGCUGCCGCCGAGCCUGGAAAGACAUGGCUGGCAUGCGAGGGUCGAGUGCACGGCGCGGCAAAAAUCUCCAGCUGCGUCCAAAUCACACACGAAGAGUUCGAAGCCACCAGAGCGCAGCACCGACACCUGGGAAACAUGCCGCCCUACACCAAAAUCUACGCGCUCAAGCUUCAAGACAUCGUCCGACUGGACGCGCCGGUGCCAUACUACCGACUGCCAGCAACAGCGCCGUGGAUGGUUUUUCGAGCAGGACCUGGCGAGAAGAGAAUCAGAAGCUCCAAGAGAAAGAGAGCUCUCCCGGAAGAAGAUGCAACCCUGCAGAUCCAAGACACCCUCCUCGAUGGCGCAACUUCGGGAACGCGAUUACCAAGUCCGGCUCGCAAGGAUGACGAGGCAAAUAGAUGA